AUGUCGUACGAUCCGAGAGAGCAUUUCCAGCAGAUUCAGCGGUCGCUGCAGCAGCGCAGUGGCAGAGGGUUCGGAGGUAUGCCCGGAGGCGGCGGCGCUGCUGGUAGAGGUGUUCUGGCCUUGGUCGGACUCGGUGUUGCUGGCGUGGUCAUCUCAAAUUCCAUAUUCAACGUUGAUGGUGGUCAUCGCGCCAUCAAAUACACGAGAAUAGGCGGCACACAUCUCCGUCUACCUUGGUUCGAGACACCGAUCGACUACGAUGUACGCGCGAAACCGCGGAACGUUGCCUCUUUGACAGGAACCAAGGAUCUUCAGAUGGUUAACAUAACAUGCCGUGUGCUCUCCAAACCUCGGGUCGAGGCGUUACCUCAAAUCUACCGCACUCUGGGUACCGAUUACGACGAACGCGUCCUGCCGUCAAUCGUGAAUGAGGUGCUCAAAAGCGUGGUGGCGCAGUUCAAUGCUAGUCAGCUCAUCACGCAGCGAGAGAGCGUUGCGAGAUUGGUCCGAGACAACCUCACAAAAAGAGCCGCGCGAUUCAACAUUCUGCUCGACGACGUGUCUAUAACGCAUAUGUCCUUCUCUCCCGAGUUCACGGCCGCGGUUGAGGCCAAGCAGGUUGCACAGCAGGAUGCACAGAGAGCAGCAUUCGUGGUCGACAAGGCAAGACAAGAAAAGCAAGCGACUGUCGUUCACGCGCAGGGUGAGGCCCGGUCCGCAGAGUUGAUCGGUGAUGCGAUCAAGAAGAGCCGAAGUUACGUGGAACUGAGACAAAUCGAAAAUGCCCGAAACAUUGCAACCAUCCUGCAGGAAUCUGGAGGAAAGAACAAAUUGUACCUUGAUGCGCAAGGGCUUGGACUCAACGUCAACGCUGGCGAGGAUCCGACAGCAAGAAAGUAG